AUGCUGCUCCUACUGCUGCUGCCUCUGCUGUGGAGAGGUUCCCUGCAGCAGCAGAGAGGUUAUGGUAUCCAACUGUAGGAAUCUGUAAGCCUGCAGGAGGGUGGAUGCACCAAUGUGCCCUGCUCCUUUCCCUCCUCUUGGAUAUCGUCAUAUCCCUCUACCAAAAUCUACAUCCACUGGUACCACAGUGGGCACCACUUACAUAGCUUUGAAGUUGUGGCUACAAAUGACCUAAAUACACCAGUGAAAAUGGAGAUGCAAUGCUGAUUCUUCCUCAUGAAUCCCAGAGCCAACAACUGUUCCCUGAGCAUCAGAGAUGCCAGUAAGAGUGAUGCAGGAAACUAUGUCUUACAAGGGCAGAGACAAUAUACUCACCGUAAUGAUUACCAAGAUAAGAAGCUGACUUUGCAAGUGACAGACCUGACACAGAAACCUGACAUCCACAUUUGGGGGCCUCUGGAGUCUGGCCGCCCCACACAACUGAGCUGCAGCCUGCCAGGUUCCUGUGAAGAGGGAAGUCCUCUCAUCUUCUCAUGGGUGGGAAAUGCUCUUGGCACUCUGAAUCCCAAGACCCUUCGCUCCUCCAUGCUCACCUUCACCCCAAAGCCCAGGGACCACGGCACCACAGCCACCUGUCUGGUGACACUUGCAGGACCCAAGGUGACCACACAGAAAACCAUUCAGCUCAAUGUCUCCUAUGCCUCACAGAACCUCACCAUCGGCGUGUCCUUCAGAAAUGUCACAGCCCUUAAGAUUCUACAAACCACAUCCCUUCCAAUCCUGGAGGGUGAGGCUCUGCAUCUGCUCUGUGUGGCUGACAGCAACCCCCCUGCAGCACUGAGCUGGUUUCGGGGGCCCCUAGCCCUGAACACCACCCCCAUCUCCAAUACCCUGAUCCUGGAGCUGCCUUGAGUGGGGACUGGGGAAGAAGGACAGUUGACCUGCCACACUUGGCACCCGCUGGGCUCCCAAAGUAUCUCUCUCAGCCUAUCAGUGGUCUGUGCCCCGCAACUGCUGGGACCCUCCUGCUCCUGGGAGUAUGAGAGUCUGAACUGCAGCUGCUCCUCCCGUGCCAAGCUGGCCCCCUACCUGCACUGGCCGCUUGGGGAGGCACUGCUGGAGGGGAACCUCAGCAACACCUCCUACAAGGUCACCUCCAGCUGCGCUGGGCCCUGGGCCAACAACUCCCUGAGCCUCCCAGCGGGACUCAUCGCUGGCCUCAGACUCAGCUGUGAGGCAGAGAAUGUCCACGGGGACCAGAGUGCCAGUGUUCUGCUGCUGCCAGGGCAGUCAGCAUCGGCUUCCAGAGAGUUUGCUGCUGCUCUUGGAGGUGCUGGUGCUAUGGUCCUCCUGUCCCUGUGCUUGUGUCUCAUCCUCUUUGCAUGGGCCUAUCAAGAUGUAAGUUUAGUCUUGGCCAAACACCUGGUCGUCCAGAGGAUGGAGCACUCACUUUCAUGUCAGAAGGUCUCUGAGUUAGGUUCUGGGAUCUGGAUGCCUCAGUGGUCUUCUCAGGAAGUGGAAGCAGCCUGUCCACCUGCGCCUGAGCCAUUGUGGCUCCUGACUUCUUCCCUUAGAGUAAAGUUCUGCAGGAAGCAAACAGACAGGAGACAAAAGGUCACAAAUGAUGAAGACCAUGGCAUGGGUAUAGUUACCUGGGGUUCCCAGCAAAAUUCACAGCCAGACAGGCACCCAGACCAAGUGUUGCCCAUGGGGGAUGCUUCUCCAUCAGGAGAGGAGCAGGAUACCCAGUACGCCAAUCUCACCUUUCAUGGGAGGAAGCUGUGUGAGGCUCAGGACAAGGAGGCCACCAGCAUCUGUGUGUACUCAGAGAUCAAGAAGACAAGCCAGUGA